AUGACAUCUAACAUUGCAGAAUGUAUAAAAGGUUGUUUAGUGGAUGUGCAUAACUUGUCGAUUCAAGAUUUUUUGAAAGAAGUCAGAAAAUUAUUUGAAGCAUGGAACUAUAAAAACAGAGAAAUUGCUUCUUAUACAGAAACAACUUUAGGGAGAAGAUUUGACGAAAUCCUAACACUUAAUGGAGUUAAAGCAUCCAGAAUGACGCUAUACGUAAAGCCUGCAUCAGAGUAUCAUUAUUCAGUUUAUGAAUCUGGGAGAAUAUACGUUGCAGACUUGGAUGCUAACAAAUGCAACUGCGAUAGAUUUCAGAUUGAUGAAAUUCCAUGUCCGCACGCGAUUGCAGUGUUAAAAA